AUGGCUACCAUGGAGAAACUCAUGAAGGCCUUCGAGUCUCUGAAGUCAUUUCAGCAGCAGCAGGGGCCACCGACAGCCGAGGAGCUUGUUCAAAAACAGAAAAAAGAGCAAGCUGCAACAAAGAAGGACCGGGUGACCCACUGCCUGACAAUAUGUGAAAACAUCGUGGCUCAGUCUCUGAGAACAUCUCCAGAGUUUCAGAAGCUGCUUGGGAUUGCCAUGGAGAUGUUCCUUCUCUGCAGCGAUGACAGUGAAUCAGAUGUCCGGAUGGUUGCCGAUGAGUGUCUGAACAAAAUCAUCAAAGCGCUGAUGGACUCGAACUUGCCUAGACUGCAGCUGGAGCUGUACAAAGAAAUUAAAAAGAACGGUGCCUCGCGGAGUUUAAGGGCAGCUUUGUGGAGGUUUGCUGAGCUUGCUCAUCUCAUCCGACCCCAGAAAUGCAGACCUUAUCUGGUCAACCUGCUGCCAUGCCUCUCCAGAAUCGCCAAGCGGCAGGAGGAAACGGUGCAGGAGACGCUGGCAGCAGCCGUGCCCAAAACGAUGGCAGCCUUGGGACACUUUGCCAACGAUGGCGAGGUCAAGGUGCUGCUGAAGUCGUUUGUUGCCAACUUGAAGUCCAGCUCCCCCACCAUCCGGCGCACAGCUGCCAGCUCGGCCGUCAGCGUGUGCCAGCACUCCAGACGCACAAGCUACUUCUACACCUGGCUCCUUAACGUGCUGUUGGGCCUGCUGGUUCCAGUGGACGAUGAACGCCCCAGCCACCUGAUUCUGGGGGUGCUGUUAACUCUUCGCUACCUGAUCCCUCUGCUGCAGCACCAGGUCAACACCACCAGCCUCAAGGGAAGCUUCGGAGUCAUGAGGAAGGAGGCUGACGUGCAGCCAACGCCUGAACAGCUGCUUCAGGUUUACGAGCUGACCCUGAACUACACACAGCACUGGGAUCACAAUGUGGUCACAGCUGCUCUGGAGCUCCUGCAGCAGAUGUUCAGGACCCCUCCACCCGAGCUCCUGCACAUGCUCAUCACAGCCGGCAGCAUCCCACACGCCACCGUGUUUCGUCAGGACGCGGAGAGCCGCGCACGUUCAGGCAGCAUCCUCGAGCUCAUCGCGGGGGGAGGGACUUCCUGCAGUCCACUACUUCUCAGGAAACAGAGAGGUAAGAUGCUUUCUGGGGAAGAAGAUGGGCUGGAAGACGACCCUGAGAGGACGGAGGCCACUGCUGGAGCCUUCACAGAUGGCUCCUCUGCCGCCCAGGUGGACAUCAUCACUGAGCAGCCACGCUCUUCCCAGCAUGCACUGCAGCCGGGUGACUCUGUGGACCUCAGCACCUCCUCCGAGCAGGGCGGGGGAGGCUGGACGUCUGCAUCAGGCACCCCUGAAUCACCCAAUGGCAACGAGGAGGAGAUGCUCAGUCGGAGCUCCAGUGGGGCCAACGUGACCCCAGAGACGGCCGACUACACCACACCAGAAAACGCCACUCCAGAGGGAGGGCCCCUUGGAGAGGGAGGGACGCUGCUCGGACCCACUGACCUCUCGCUUCCACCCAGUGAUUCCUCCCAGACCACCACAGAGGGACCAGACUCGGCUGUGACCCCGUCAGAUGUAGCGGAACUGGUCCUCGACGGCAGUGAAAGCCAGUACUCUGGGAUGCAGAUAGGAACACUACAGGAUGAAGAAGAUGAAGGAGCAGCACCUUCCUCUCAAGACAAACCCUCAGAGCCUUUCCUGCAGUCGGCACUCGCUCUGAGCAAGCCUCAUCUUUUCGACGGACGAGGCCACAACAGGCAGGGUUCAGACAGCAGCGUGGAUCGCUUCAUACCAAAGGAUGAACCAGCUGAACCCGAACCUGACAGUAAGCCAUCACGAAUAAAGGGCCCGAUUGGACACUACACAGACCAGGACUUGGAGCCAUUAGUGCACUGUGUUCGGCUUCUUGCAGCUUCAUUUCUUCUGACGGGGCAAAAAAAUGAUCCGAUCCCAGACAAAGAGGUGCGAGUGAGUGUGAAGGCCUUGGCGGUCAGCUGCAUUGGAGCAGCAGCAGCUCUGCAUCCUGAAGCCUUCUUCAACUCCCUCUACCUGGAGGCACCGAAAGGUGUUCCAGCAGAAGAGAGACAAUAUAUCAGCGAUGUUCUCUGCCUCACUGAUCACGGGGAUCCGCAGAUCCGGGGGGCCACGGCCAUCCUCUGUGGAGCUAUUGUACAAGCAGCGCUAACCAAAACGCGUUUCAACAUACACACUUGGCUGGCCGGUGUGCAGAGUGCAACAGGUAACCCUCUGUCCCUGGUGGACUUGGUGCCUUUACUACAAAAAACUCUCAAAGAUGAUUCGUCCGUCACCUGCAAGAUGGCUUGUUCUGCAGUCAGGCACUGCAUCAUGACGCUGUGCAGCAGCACGCUGAGCGAGCUCGGCCUUCAGUUGGUGAUCGACCUCUUUGCCCUCCGAGAUUGUUCCUACUGGCUUGUUCGCACUGAGCUCUUGGAAACUUUGGCUGAUUUAGAUUUUAGAUUAGUCAAUUUCUUGGAGAGAAAAACUGACGCUUUACACAAAGGAGAUCACCACUACACUGGACAACUGCGGCUGCAGGACCGGGUUCUGAAUGAUGUGGUUAUACAUCUGCUGGGAGAUGACGAUCCAAGAGUACGACACGUGGCGGCGUCUGCUGUUAGCCGACUAGUUCCAAGAUUGUUCUAUGACUGUGAUCAAGGCCAAGCGGAUCCAGUGGUGGCAAUAACCCGGGACCAGAGUUCAGUUUACCUUCAGCUGCUCAUGCACGAGACACAACCCCCCUCCCAGUUCACAGUUAGCACCAUCACAAGGACGUACCGAGGCUACAACCUGUCGAGCUCUGUGUCUGACGUCACGUUGGAAAACAACUUGUCCAGAGUUGUAACUAAAGUCUCCCACGCUUUCACCUCCUCCACCUCUAAAGCACUAACUUUCGGCUGCUGUGAGGCCUUGUGCCUCCUGGCAUCAAACUUUCCAGUUGGCACUUGGAGCACAGGCUGGCACUGUGGCUAUGCUAGCUCUAGUAGCAACUUCUCUUCCCGUUCUAGUCUGAACCGCAGCAGAGGCAGAACCCUAAGUUCGUCACAGACGAGCAACACUCCAGCCUCUUCAACCACCUCCUCAUCUGCACCCGACUCCGAGCGACGCACUCUGACUGUAGGAACUGCCAACAUGGUGCUCUCCUUACUCUCCUCCGCCUGGUUUCCUCUGGAUCUCUCAGCUCAUCAAGAUGCACUUUUGCUUUCUGGCAACCUGCUUGCUGCUGUUGCUCCUAAAUGUUUGCGCAACCCCUGGGCUGGCGAGGACGAGGGCAGUGGUGGGACCAUCAGUGGAGGUCCAAAUAAAAUGGAGGAACCCUGGCCAGCGCUGUCAGAACGCUCUUUGGUGGUCAUGGUGGAGCAGCUGUUCUCCCAUCUGCUGAAGGUUCUCAACAUCUGUGCUCAUGUGUUGGAUGACGCAGCACCAGGACCAGCGAUGAAGGCUGCUCUUCCCUCUCUCAGUAACACCCCCUCCCUCAGUCCUAUCCGAAGGAAAGGCAAGGAGAAGGAGGCUGCUGAGCCCAACCCUUCCCCCAUGAGCCCGAAGAAAAGCAACGAGGUCAACACAGGCAGGCCAGCAGACGGUGCUGGGGGGUCAACAGCAGUUAGCAAAUCUACCACCCUUGGCAACUUCUACCACUUGCCUCCCUAUCUUAAGCUGUAUGACGUGCUCAAAGCCACCCAUGCUAACUACAAGGUGACGUUGGAUCUCCACAGCAGUCAGGAGAAGUUUGGAAGUUUCCUGCGUGCUGCUCUAGAUGUUCUGUCUCAGCUGCUGGAGUUAGCAACACUGCAUGACAUUGGGAAGUGUGUAGAAGAAAUUCUGGGCUAUUUGAAGUCUUGUUUCUCAAGAGAACCAACCAUGGCUACAGUUUGUGUGCAGCAGUUGUUGAAGACCCUGUUUGGAACCAACCUGGCCUCCCAGUAUGAAGGCGUCCUGACUGGUCCCAGCCGCUCCCAGGGCAAAGCUCUUCGUCUGGGCUCUUCCAGCCUGCGACCAGGUCUCUACCACUACUGCUUCAUGGCUCCGUACACGCACUUCACCCAGGCUCUUGCUGAUGCUAGUCUGCGCAACAUGGUGCAGGCUGAGCAAGAGCAGGACACCUCUGGAUGGUUUGAUGUGAUGCAGAAAGCUUCCAAUCAGCUGAGGUCCAACAUCGCAAAUGCUACACGCCACAGAGGAGACAAGAAUGCCAUUCACAACCACAUCAGGCUGUUCGAGCCUCUGGUGAUCAAAGCUCUGAAGCAGUACACCACCAGCACCUCCGUGGCCCUGCAGAGACAAGUGCUGGACCUGCUCGCUCAGCUUGUGCAGCUCCGAGUCAACUACUGCCUGCUGGACUCAGAUCAGGUGUUCAUAGGCUUUGUUCUCAAGCAGUUUGAAUAUAUCGAAGUGGGACAGUUCAGGGAUUCUGAAGCCAUCAUUCCCAGCAUAUUUUUCUUUCUGGUGCUGCUGUCUUAUGAACGCUACCACUCCAAGCAGAUUAUCAGCAUUCCCAAGAUCAUCCAGCUCUGUGACGGCAUCAUGGCGAGCGGCAGGAAAGCUGUCACACAUGCCAUCCCGGCCUUGCAGCCCAUCGUUUAUGACCUGUUUGUCCUGAGGGGCUCGAACAAAGCGGAUGCAGGCAAAGAGCUGGAUACACAAAAAGAAGUGGUGGUGUCCAUGCUGCUCAGACUGGUGCAGUACCAUCAGGUGUUGGAGAUGUUCAUCCUUGUUCUACAGCAGUGUCACAAGGAAAACGAGGACAAGUGGAAGAGACUGUCCAGACAAAUCGCUGACGUCAUACUGCCAAUGAUUGCAAAGCAGCAGAUGCUUCUAGACUCUCCAGAAGCAUUAGGAGUGUUGAACACGCUGUUUGAGACUGUGGCGCCCUCGUCUCUCAGACCUGUAGACAUGUUGCUCAAGAGCAUGUUUACCGUCCCAGCCACCAUGGCAUCUGUUUCCACAGUCCAGCUGUGGGUGUCUGGCAUCCUGGCAGUCCUUAGAGUUUUAGUGUCUCAGUCCACUGAAGACAUUGUCCUGUCCCGGGUCCACGAGCUGUCGCUGUCCCCACACCUCCUGUCCUGCCAUACGAUCUGCCGCCUGCAUCAGCACGGCCCCUCGCCCAGUGACCCGUCUGCUGCUGACGCAGUGUCUAACCAAGAAACCAACGGUGAAGCCCAGAAGGUUCCACCGGAGGAAACGUUUGCCAGGUUCCUCCUUCAGCUGGUCGGCGUCUUGCUUGACGAACUCUCCAGCAGACGUGCUAAAGUGGACAUCACUGAGCAGCAGCGCACCUUCUACUGUCAGCAGCUGGGCACGCUGCUCAUGUGUCUCAUCCACGUGUUCAAGAGCGGAAUGUUUCGCCGGAUCACAGCUGCAGCCACUCGACUCCUGAAGGAUGAGGAUGGUCGGACGGGCACCGAGGCCGGUCUCUUCUACCACUUGGAGAGGCUGAACGGCAUGGUGCAGUCUCUGGUCACCACCCAUCCGUCUCUGGUGCUGCUGUGGUGUCAGGUUCUCCUCAUCAUCAACUACACCAACUAUUCCUGGUGGGUCGAGGUGCAUCAGACGCCCAGAGGACACAGCCUCUCGUCCACGAAGCUGCUGAGUCCUCACUCCUCGGGGGAGGGUGAAGAAGACCAGUCAGCCUCCCAGUUAGCGAUGGCUAACAGAGAGAUCGUACGCAGAGGAGCCCUAAUUCUCUUCUGUGACUACGUGUGUCAGAAUCUCCACGACUCCGAACACCUGACCUGGCUGAUCGUCAACCACGUGCGCGACCUCAUCAGCCUCUCUCACGAGCCUCCGGUUCAGGACUUCAUCAGCGCUGUUCACCGCAACUCUGCUGCCAGCGGCCUCUUCAUCCAGGCCAUCCAGUCUCGCUGUGACAACCUCACCACUCCCACCAUGCUGAAGAAGACGUUGCAGUGUUUGGAAGGCAUCCACCUCAGUCAGUCUGGGUCUUUGCUCAUGCUCUACGUAGACAAACUGCUCAACACUCCCUUCAGGGUCUUGGCUCGGAUGGUGGACACGCUGGCGUGUCGCAGAGUAGAGAUGCUGCUGGCUGAGACUCUGCAGAACAGUAAAGCCCAGCUGCCUGUGGAGGAACUGGAAAGGAUUCAAGAAUACCUCCAGACCAGCGGCUUGGCUCAAAGGCAUCAGAGGUUCUACUCCCUGCUGGACAGGUUCAGAGCCACGGUUACCGACACCAGCAGCCCCCCGCCUCCCGUGACCUCUCACCCCUUAGAUGGAAACCCACCACCUGCCCCUGAAAGUGUCGCCACCGACAAGGAAUGGUACGUGGCCCUUGUGAAGUCCCAGUGCAGUCUUCUUGGAGAUGUGUCCCUGUCGGAGACAACAGAACUUCUAACUAAACUACCUCCUGAUGAGCUCUUCAGUGUCAUGCGCGGCAAGGAUUUCAACCUACGUCUGCUCUGUCCGUGUCUGAGUAUGGGCGUGCAGAGGUCAGCAAGGGGUCAGGGGUUACUCUUGGUGGAAACGGCCUGGCAGGUGACCCUGGAGAAAUUAUCAGAGGUGACUGGGUCACUUCCUGUCCCACACCAGUCUUUUCUGCCACCCCCUCAACCUCAGCCUUAUUGGAACCAGCUGGACGACGUGUUUGGUGGGCCGGGUUUCUACCCCACGGUUUUAUCACUGUGCAGAGCGUUGUCGCAGUAUCUGCUGAGCAUCAGUCAGCUGCCUCCAUCACUUCAUCUCCCCCCUGACAGGGAGCACCUCAUCACCACGUUCACUUGCACAGCCACAGAGGUGAUAGUGUGGCGCCUGCUCCAGGACCAGCUGCCUCUGAGUGUGGACCUGCAGUGGUCUCUUUCCUGCUUGUGUCUGGCCCUGCAGCAGCCCUGCAUCUGGAACAAGCUCUCCACCCCCGAGUACAACACACACACCUGCUCCCUCAUCUUCUGCCUGCGCCUCAUAAUUACCGCAGUGGCUGUGAGUCCUGGAGACCGGCUGCUGCAUCCAGAGAAGAAAAGACCACGCGGAGAAAAAACCGCUGAAGGAGACCAAGUGGACUUGGGGAACCCCGAAUUUAAGUACGAAUGGGAAGCGUGUGAGAUCAUGGCGGAGCUGGUGGAGGGAAUGCAGAGCAUCCUUUCCUUAGGUCACCCAAGAAACUCUGCGUUUCCUGCUUUUCUCACGCAAACGUUGCGCAACAUUGUCAUCAGUCUGUCCAGGCUGCCUCUGGUCAACAGCUACACCAGAGUACCUCCACUGGUUUGGAAACUGGGCUGGUCCCCUCAGCCAGGUGGAGACUUUGGCACAACGCUGCCCGAGAUCCCUGUUGACUUUCUGCAGGAGAAGGACGUCUUCAGAGAGUUUCUGUACCGCAUCAACACACUAGGCUGGAGUAACAGGACUCAGUUUGAGGAAACCUGGGCCACCCUGCUGGGGGUGCUGGUCACCCAACCAAUCACAAUGGAUCAGGAGGAGGAGACUCAUCAGGAGGAGGACUUGGAGCGCACCCAGUUAAACGUGCUAGCAGUGCAGGCCAUCACCAGCCUGGUGCUGAGCGCCAUGACUCUACCCACUGCUGGCAACCCUGCGGUCAGCUGUCUGGAACAGCAGCCUCGCAACAAGAGUCUCAAAGCUCUGGAAACACGGUUUGGACGGAAACUUGCAGUGAUUAGAGGUGAAGUGGAGAGGGAGAUUCAGGCUCUCGUGUCAAAGAGGGACAAUGUCCAUACACACCAUCCAUACCGUGCCUGGGACCCUGUGCCGUCACUGUCAGCAGCCUCUGCAGCAGGGACGCUGAUCAGCCACGAGAAGCUGCUGCUUCAGAUCAACACGGAGAGGGAGUUGGGCAACAUGGAUUACAAACUGGGGCAGGUCUCCAUCCAUUCCGUGUGGUUGGGCAACAACAUCACUCCUCUAAGAGAGGAAGAGUGGGGUGAAGAUGAAGAAGAUGAAGCAGACACUCCGGCUCCUGCCUCCCCACCUAUAUCGCCUAUAAACUCCAGGAAACACCGUGCGGGCGUGGACAUUCAUUCAUGUUCUCAGUUUCUCCUGGAGCUCUACAGCCAGUGGCUCAUUCCAGGCUCUCCCAGUAACAGGAGAACCCCGACCAUCCUCAUCAGUGAAGUGGUUCGAUCGCUGCUGGCGGUGUCGGACCUGUUCACAGAGAGGAACCAGUUUGACAUGAUGUUCUCCACCCUGAUGGAGCUCCAGAAGCUUCACCCACCAGAAGAUGAGAUCCUCAAUCAGUACCUGGUUCCUGCCUUGUGUAAGGCUGCUGCUGUGCUGGGCAUGGACAAAGUAACAGCCGAGCCUGUGUGUCGCCUGUUGGAGACCACCCUGCGCAGCACCCACCUGCCCAGUCGCAUGGGAGCGUUGCACGGUGUGCUGUACGUGUUGGAGUGCGACUUGCUCGAUGAAACAGCCAAACAGCUCAUCCCUGCAGUCUCAGAGUACCUUCUGUCGAACCUCAAGGGGAUUGCUCACUGUGUGAACCUGCACAACCAGCAGCAUGUGCUGGUGAUGUGCGCGGUGGCCUUCUACAUGAUGGAGAACUACCCUCUGGAUGUAGGAGCUGAGUUUAUGGCUGGGGUUAUACAGGUGUGUGGGGUGAUGGUGUCUGCCAGCGAGGACUCCACCCCCUCCAUCAUCUAUCACUGUGUGCUGCGAGGACUGGAGCGCCUUCUGCUGUCAGAGCAGUUGUCACGAGUAGACGGCGAAGCUCUGGUCAAACUCAGCGUGGACCGAGUCAACAUGCCGUCACCACACCGAGCCAUGGCUGCCCUGGGCCUGAUGCUCACCUGCAUGUACACCG